CAAUACAGAUGCACAUACGCUAUAUGUGCACACUGCACACACACCCAACGUUUUCACCCAACGAUAUCUGAAUUGGAUUACCGCUGGUGGGGUCCAACUCAGAUCGAAGGAGCACCGAACUGAAUGAAGAAAUGCAGCUUCCCACUACCUCCGCCGCUGCUGCCUGAUACCACCGCUCUGGUUCUGCUGCAGCUCAGUUUGGCCGCUGGAAUCAGCCACCGCUGCUGAUUAUACAAGACCGGCCUGGUGGCCUUUCACUUGUUAACUGAUGAGUGCUAUGAGACGACACAGGCUAUUAUAUAGCCCAAAGCAAAAAUCCAUCCGCGAGCAAACAAGAAGCGAGCUUGUGAUUGGUUGAAUGUGCACGACUUUUAACACAACUUUUAACUAGUUUAGUAUCGAAAACAUAUUUAAAUUAUUAUAUGUCAAUCUUGCGCAAUAUUUCCCCUAUCAAUCAAGCCAUUGGUGUUUAGAAUCUGAUCAGUGGUAAUGAUAAAAGAAGCAUUUUAAAACGGUGUUGAAACACCUGUUGCAGCUACCGAAAGCGAGCUCGUUAUUGGUUGAAAGCUGUGAGACUGUUUACAAAGUCAGAUCGGUUGUAUCCGUUAGUGUCGACUGUGCUUGUGAAGAGAGGUGGUGAUUGGUUGCUCGGUAUGAUUUAGACAAUCGAUGUGAUUUAUCAAUUUUUCAAUAGUGUAUCUCGAACAAUAGGUUAUUUUUGUUACAUAAAUUAAACCGUAAAAGAAUUUCUGAUCGGUUGAUGCCAAAACCUCGAAAUUCUGAAAAGAAAUGACUGAUAUAUAAGCGCUCAAAACCUGACCACUUUUCCCUGGUUUUCCCCGGUUGAAUUACUAGAUUUUCAAAUUCAGGUGCCUAACUUCGAUAUAGACGUUAGUCCAACGUCAAAAAAAAUCCAGAAGAUGACGGAUUGUGUCGCUCGUCGCCUAGCAUUGAACGAGUUGACUGGAUGAUAUUGCAAAUCACUCACUCAGUGGAUCAUUUGCCAUGUUUGCCAUCAUACUGUAAAUCGCGUGAUUAGUGAGCUAGACUUGACCUCAGCUGACAAAUACAUUUUUUUUGUUUCAAUUUAGAUUGUUUUCGUAUUAUGUACUUGAGUUUACGCUAUGAAAACUAAAUCCAUUUUAUUGACACGCGUAACUCGUUACGCUUUCUAUUACAGAAAACGAGUACUGUUUCAUUUUUCUUAUCUUUCUAACUAACAUAGCUGAGUGAACUCAGCGGUUCCACUUUUCCCAUUCUAAUAUAUUUUCAAAUUUGCCUAGCUUUUAAACACAACUGAUGAAUGCAAAUACUAAAACAUUCCGCAUCAUCAUACAUCAGUGUUUUACAUUUAACAUAUCGCAUUUCAUGUCAUAACAUCAUUUUAAGUACUGUAAGUUAUUUACCCUAACUAUUUUUGUUCAUUAUUAGGACUGUGGAAAAAUCCUCCUAUUGGGGAAAGAGACCUUCGACAAGGUAGCUGGGUACUUUGAUUUGCAUAUGUAGUUACAGGGCUAGAAAACAUAAUGUGUCACGUUUACUAUGGAAUUUGUGAUAGAUUUAGUAGAAAUUUUGCUGGGGUGAUUGUCUUUCACUGCAAGCUCUCCUACAUUCUCAGAGUUUCAACGUGAUCCAUUGAUUGUAUUUCAUAGAAAAAUGCGUUGUUCACUUAAUUGUAACUACUGUUAGUCUCUUGUCUCACUCCUCAACGCAAGGAAUACGUGCUUAAUUUUAUGUCAAUUAAAACCUUACUCCUAUAACUGAAAUAACAAAAAAAAAUGAAUUUGUGUUUAUUUCAGUAUCAUCGUUGUACAGUUUGUAAAGAUGUAAAGUUUGUGUCGAUUCCAUUAAAAUUCGAGUAUCAUAUUGAUAAUUUCAUCUACAUAAAAAAACUGUUCGAAGACAAACUGUGAACCAAUCUUAGUUUACCGCUUUCAUUAUCAUAAACCUCAUUCACCCACACCAUUUCCAACAAACACCGUUAAUACAUCGCACGCAAAUGGCUUGGCUCGGUAUUGGCGCUUUGGCUUCCGGUCUAGCGCUGCAACGGUUUCUCGGAGGCGAGACUCCACCGAACAAGGUGAUGGAGGUGAAGAACGACAGCUACAUAAAUCUACACGUGAUGCAACGGGAUGACGCUAUGCGUCUGUACGCUCCGUCGGGUGGUUCCACUGAUAAGAAGCAGCCAGUGUACGAGAUCGUACUCGAACGGCCACACUCGGAGACGGUGAACACUUCCUACAGCCUAUACCGAGCAUCCACCCAAGCUGAGGCGGAAGAAAAAUUUGAAGCUUUUUAUCAGCGACUACCGGAGCUGGUGAAAAUGGUUCGGGAGAUGUACACCAUAAACGGUCUUCAAAAGCUGUGCGACACGCUGAUCGAACAUCCUUCCUGGACGUUGGCCCAUGUAAUUGCACACUUCAAUCUUACCGAUUACGUUGCAAAUCCAAAAAUUGUAGAAUCUCUUGACGAUCCAGAUCAUGCCGACUUACUGACACCACUCCAGAUUGCGACCAAAGCGAAUAACUUUGAAAUGGUGAAAGCCCUGCUACCGGUAAGCAAAAGUGACAACCUGGACAAAAGUAGCAAUUCAGUGUUUCACUAUGCUGCCAGCACAACCAAAGAGAUGAUCAAUUUAUUAGCGGCGAAAAGUACAGCCAAUCUAAACCAUUGCAACACGGACGGUUAUACUCCGCUCCAUUUGGCGUGUUUGGCUGACAAACCGGACUGCGUGAAGGCGCUACUUUUAGCAGGUGCCGACACAAACAAAAUGGCCCGCUGUGCCAGUAAUGCCUAUCCUUCAACAACUACUACAAGCAAUGUGGCGGACUUUCUCGUUAGCAACCCGAAUAAGCUUCUCACUCAGGACAUGAAGCACGGUGGAACACCGCUGCACUGGAGCUCCAGCCGAGAGGUGCUCAAUUCGUUGAUCGAGCGAGGUUGUGAUGUUAAUCUUGUUAACUUCAACGGUCAGACCCCGCUGCAUGUAAUGGUUACUCGUGACCGACUCGAAUGUGUGGUGGCUCUAUUGGCACACGAAGCUGAAAUUGACGCGGUUGACAACAACGGAAACACACCCCUUCAUAUUGCCGUUGAGAAGAAACUCUUGCCUAUCGUGCAGUGCUUGCUGGUGUUUGGAGCCGAUGUGAACAAACCCACCAGAGAUGGCAAAACCCUUCGUCAUUUAGUUGGCAAAGACGACUCCGGCUCGAAAGACGCAAUGAUUCUAUACAUUCUACAUUCGAUCGGAGCAAAACGGUGUCCCGAAUCGAAUGGAACCAAAUGUCCACCGGGUUGUGCCGCAAAAGGUACCUACAACGGCAUACCACCAGCGCAACCAGAAACCACCGAGCAGCGUGAACAUAUCCAACAAAUGCUGGCAAGCACUACCAAAUCCGGACGAAAUAGCAUACACAACCUUGUGUCGAACACAAUCAAAACGGUUCGAGAGGAGCGUGAGCGCGAAAUAAGGGAAGAACGUGUAGACGUAUCACAAGAACGAAAGGGCGCAAGCAUGAUGGACGCGCUGCUCUCAAUGUUCACCAACAAAGUUCAAGCUGCUUCCAAAGUAGACUCUGCCGGUUCAUCUAAAUCCUCGCCAACAGAGAGAAAUGCCAUUGAUUUUGGGGACGAACCAAUGAUUGUUGAAGAUAUUCGAGUUAACAGUACACCAUCAACCGUACCUACUGGCGGCGAGUACCACGGUCGUGGUCGCCUCCUGUGUUUGGACGGUGGUGGCAUUCGAGGUCUGGUGCUUGCUCAAAUGCUACUGGAAAUUGAAAGUCUCGCACAAACUCCAAUCGCACAUUUGUUCGAUUGGAUUGCAGGAACAAGCACGGGUGGAAUUCUAGCGCUCGGUCUUGGCUGUGGCAAAACAAUGAAGCAGUGCAUGUGCUUAUAUUUACGCAUGAAAGAUCAAGCGUUCGUAGGUUCCCGACCGUACCCUAGCGAUCUUCUGGAAUCCGUGCUGAAAGAGCAACUCGGCGAAUUUACCGUUAUGACCGACAUCAAGCACCCGAAGCUGAUGGUCACUGGUGUGAUGGCUGACAGAAAACCGGUUGAUUUACAUCUAUUCCGUAAUUACAAAUGCGCCAGCGACAUUCUAGGUAUAGCGACACCUUCCAACAGUAGAAGACAACCCCCACCACAGCCGGAAGAUCAGCUGGUGUGGCGAGCGGCGCGGGCAACUGGUGCGGCUCCUUCAUAUUUCCGAGCCUUUGGACGCUUUCUUGACGGUGGUUUGAUAGCGAAUAAUCCAACACUGGAUGCGCUGACAGAAAUUCACGAAUACAAUAUGGCACUAAAGAGUAUCGGUCGGUCCUCGGAAGCUGUACCGGUUUCAAUCGUAGUUUCACUUGGCACUGGUCUAAUUCCCGUAACCGAGCUGAAGGAAAUCGACGUAUUUCGACCAGACAGCAUAUGGGACACGGCAAAACUGGCCUACGGUAUCUCUGCUAUUGGAAACCUGCUAGUGGAUCAGGCAACGGCAUCGGACGGUCGUGUGGUGGAUCGAGCCCGUGCCUGGUGUAGCAUGAUUGGUGUGCCGUACUAUCGUUUUAAUCCUCAGAUGUCGGUAGAUAUCGCGAUGGACGAGAAAAUUGACGAGCCACUGAUCAACAUGCUGUGGGAGGUCAAAGCGUACAUGUACGCAAACCGAAGAAAGGUAAUAGAGAUGAUCAACCUCCUAAAAUAACCGACGGUAGGUCACCGAAAAGACUGUGAAGGCGACGAUCAUUAACAUUUACGUGUAGAAGUUUGAAGCAAAACAGAAGUUGAUAUUCACACAGACAAUACAAUACAUAAUUCAAACAGUUCAGAAGAGGGGAUUGUAAACAAAACACACAUAUUUUUAUUAUACAGGGUGGGUGGGUCGAAUUUCGGUUCGAUUUCCAAUUUCUUAGCUUUUUGACACAAAUAAUAGAAGAUUCCAGUUAUUAUUAGUAGUACAACGAUAGUUAUAUUCGAACUAAGAGAGAAGAAAGUCAUUGCGACUUCGACUUUUCAAUGCUCGUGUGCUGAAUGUCGUAAGAAAAAAUGGAACUGUUUGUGUGUGUAUGUUCUUGAUCAAUGUUUAACUGCAAGAAGUGAACUGCACUAAAUAUAACUACCCUUCGAAAAAGAAAACAACUUCCUUAUCGUAGAUGUGUUAGAUAUUGAUUAACCAAUGAUACCGUCAGAUGAAGUUUGCAACUUUCCACAAACUAAGCUUUAGGAGUGAUGAGAAAUGUGUUUACGCCUAAACGUCCGCAUCCCAAUAUUGAUAUCAUAUAAAAGACGUAACUUGUACCACCAAUGUAAACAGCAGCAGGUUAAAAAUGUAAAAAUCUUAAGAUUUCACGUUUUAUUUCCGAAUAAAUUCAUUGACACAUCGGGAUACUUCACAGUAUUUUUCAUAUUUUGCAUCCUUUGUUCUGACCAACACAAUAAGAGUAAGGUAAAAGCUGUUAAACAAACAGACAUUCAAACCAAAUAUACACCUUCGAGGUUAUUUUGUUGUGAUUUUUUUUAAUCUUAAUAUAUAUAUAUAUAUAUAUAUACAAAAAGCUAAGCUUUCAAUUUUUCAUUCCUUCUGCUGAAUCGAACUGUGAAUCGUUAAAAAGCCUACGUCACUUCGCAAAUAGCUUCCGCAAAUUCGAUUGCCAAUGGCAAGAUUUUUUUUCUAAAAUCAAUGAUUUUUAAAAGUUUCAAUUCAACUAAGCAUAAAUUGCAUUUAGACAGUUUUCCAUAUUACUACCAUAAGAAGUCUGAAAAUAAAAUGCUCUGUUUGUACAGAAAAUUUCGUUUCAAAAUUUUACUAUCGAUUAAUAGUACUUUCCAUUUUCUGAUGAAACACUGGCCAUUCAGCAAAUAAUUGCAGUCUUUUGCUAUUGCAAAAAUAAAAAAAUGGUAUAAUUCUCGUAGCAAUACCGACCAAAACGUUGACUUCGAUUAUAGUUAGAAAAUGCAAGCUGAGGUUUCAUAGCAGCAUCAUUCAAUCUUGACUGUUAAUCAAUCCUGAAUAAUAAACUCUUAACCGUGAAAAGUAAAAUUAAAUACAAUGAUGAGGUAACGAGCAUUUCAGCCCGAAACAUUGCAAUUUUCAGCUUGUCUAUCUUUAACUGUAUGUUAGCAGUGUUAUUGUGCAGCGGCGCGUUAUCAGUUGCAAUUCAACACCCAGUGUAUAUUCGGAUUUACAGUGUAACAAACGAAAAGAUAGCUAUCUCCGUUGGAACGUGAGGUAUAAUUAAGAAAAUGAAUCAGAGAAUAGAAAAUAUUGUACUCUCUUUUGGAAAAUAUACAGGAUAGAGUAUUUAUUCUUGUUCGCAA